GCGUUUUUUUUUUUUGCGUUCUUGAACACCCCACAGUACAACGUUCGUCACUAACCGAAGCUAACUGGCACUGGGACGUAUAAUAGUUAUCUUGGGUUUCUGGCGUUGAAAAAAGGAUUGUUUGGCAAAUGCCGGGGCGUCGAAACAAACGGUGUGAGGAGAAUUUAUUCACGAUGCGGUUUCACAAGCGAGGCUAAGCUUCAUAGUUGUAGCUAUUAGCUUCAAUGCUAAAGUUGCCGGAGCUAACGGUGACGCCAUGCCAGAGGAGCCCUCCACUGCCUGUAGGAGUAGACGCUGCUUUUUCCUACUUCUCUUUUGACAACACCCCGACCCUGAACUCUCAAACAACUUCUGUUAGUUAGCGAUAGUUUAGUAAAAAAAAAAACAUAAAAACUAAUUUGCGCUCCGUUGCCUUUCACUGUUGGGAAGAAUGGGAAUGUGCUUACCGUGCCUUGGUGGAGCGGUCGAGGAGGCUGUGGACACUCCAGACCCAGAGACGAGGAGGCGACAGUUGGCUGCAGCAGCAGAGAAGAGACAAACCGAGACCGCACACAGGGGUGUCAAAAACCCGGCAGCUGUUGAAAGGAAAAGAAAAAAGCAAGAAGAGAUUGAGAAACAGGAGAUAAGUGCGUCUGUGUCGGGCGGCGGAGGUGGCGGGUUGAGAUGGCAGGUGGGCUGAAGACGGGCUAAAAAGGUCCAAAACAACACAAACGGUUGCUGCAAGAUGUUUUGAACUGCUGUCUGCAUCCUUAUUAUUUAUGAUUUUUAUUUAGAGCUAAGCAGCUUCAGGUGCGUAAUGCUGAUCAGACAGAAUUUGAGCAGGAGCUCCCAAACUUGCAGCCUUGUUGCCAAGUUCUUUAAACAUGCUGCAUGAUUCCAGUGGGUCUCAGUAUGUGCUAUGAAGGCAAAACCUCCUCAACAUCACAACACUUAUAGAGAUUGAAGUUCAUAAUACUUCCAUAAAGAGAAUUAUUUAAUAUUUUCGCUGAUUGUAUUUCCCCCCCUCAAAUGUUACCUCAGCAAUGAAACGACAAGUUCCAGUCGCAUGAUUCCCAUCAUCAUGGUCCAUCCUUUUAUUUAGAGCUCAAUUUCACUUUGUUGCAGUGGCUUCCAUGUGUGCAAACCACCUGCUUAAUUUAAAUAUAAUCUGCAUUGCCACAUGUACACUUCUUUUUUAUGCCUGGCUGUGUGGGCACACUUGAUUAGUAAGAAAUAAGCAAUGUAUUGGGUUGGAAUGAAGAGAUGACAGUGAUGAAUUGAAGGAUUUUUAAUGAAGGUAUUCACUUUUGACAACACUAAAGUUUACAGCGUUAACUUGAUAUGUAACAUAACUAUGCCAAUAUUAUUUGCUGCAAUAAAUCACAUUUCUGAUAA